CUUGCACUUAUUUGGAAAAAAUGUGCGACAUUACACCUGCACAUGACUGGAAUUUCCCUUAAAGAUUCUGAACUCAAUCUGUCCGGCACCUUGGCUUAUCUAAGGAGGUCAUAAAGGAGGACACAGGUGUUUGUUUGCAAAUGUUUUUUUUCACUUCGACUGUCAAAUCUUGCCUUCAUUAAGGAUAUAUGUUUGCUUACUAUCCUGUGGCUCUGCGUGAUGGUAGGUUUAUUAUUUUCUCUUGUCUGUGCUGGAAUAAUUACAGUGUUAUUGACGUGACAAAAGAAAGUAUUUGCUGAACAUUUGAUUGAUGACUUUGGAUUUUGAAGAAGGAGAAGAAGAAAACGACUUCAAUCUCAACUACAAGAGAGAUUUGAAGUGCAUAUCGACCUGUCUCUUGAAAAAAAAGUUUAAUUAAGAAACAUUUUCUAAACGAAAACAAACCAUUCGUUGAAUUUGCAUCUUCUGUUGCUCGCAACAAGAGACAACACUAGUUCGUUGUCGCGUUUCUAACUGUACCGUGAAUAUUCAAAUUAAGAGAAGUAACGUAUUGUAAACUUUCUUAUGGAGCAUUUGGGGAGAAAUUGGUCGGAAAAUGGAACGGUUCUUUCAGAUUUGUCUUCGCUGUUUGAAGAGGAAGCCAGCGUUCUGAAAAACUUGAGGAUUAUGUCGUAUGCUGUGAUAUGUAUUAUUGGCACGCUUGGAAACGUGCUUGUUUUACUGACUACCCGAAAAAGACGCAUGAGGACAGUCACUAAUCUAUUUAUUGCAAAUCUUGCAUUGGCUGAUUUAGCAGUUUGUAUUCUUGCCAUUCCAAUAUCUGUGGCAUACUCGAGUCUGGGAUACUGGCCAUUUGGUACAAUGCUUUGCAAAACAAUGCCAUAUCUACAAGGAAUAACGGUGUCAGCCUCAAUAGGCACACUAGUGGCCAUCGCCUGCGAUCGUUUCAUCGUUAUCGUGUAUCCCACCAUCAAAAAACUCAGAGUCUCUCAAACGUGGAUCGCUAUCGCAGUUAUCUGGGUCCUCUCGGCACUAGUGUCCAUCCCCGUAAACCUGCAUAGCGAAGUGGUGAGCGAUGAUAUUGAUGGUGUGAAAAUGGCGUUUUGCAUGGAAGUGUGGUCAUCCCAUGUGGCAAGGAAUACAUACUCCCUUAUUGUGUUCUUAGUUUUGUUCCUUCUACCAAUUGGCGUCAUGUCAGCCAUGUAUCUGGGAAUCAUAAUUAAAUUUAAAAAGCUCCAGCCAACCCAAGAAGCAACUAUACGGACCCACAAAAAAGUCAUAAACAUGCUCGUCAUUGUCAUCGUGAUAUUUGCAGUUUGUUGGAUUCCUUAUCACGUGCUAUUUCUAUAUUUGGACGAGGCUGGCUUCACGACAACCAAGGAACAAACUAUUCUAGCUCUUUUCUUCCAGUGGCUAAUGUACGCAAACAGCGCCUGCAAUCCCAUUGUGUACGCGGUCUGUAACUUGAAUUACAGGCGCGAGUUUCUGGACAUGAUCAAGUGCAUCGGGGAAAGCUGAUUCACGAAAGUUAUGUUUAUUGGGAAAAGAGUAUUUUUAAACAUUUUAUGCCUUGCUGAUGCUGAUAGCCCUAAUUAUGGAACUAAUCGAUCAAAAUAUGAGCAUUAUAAAUAGUCAAAGCCAUAGUUGCUUAAAACAUAAGUAAUAACACAAUGCAGGUAUGACAACUCUUAACUCUUUACAAGCCUAAAUGUUUGAUACCAAUAAGUAUAUAUUGAUCUUGGAAUAGAACGGUGCAUUAUCAAUGAAAAAAGAGAAUGAUAUGAAGUAAUUUAUCUGCAUCAUUUGUUUGAAACAAUUUAAAAGACGACAUCAAAAACAUGACUUCUUAUUCAUCAUCAUUUUGAUCAACAUCAUUAACAACUACAAUAUACCAUCAUCACCAUCAUAAUUGUUUAAAACAACAUAGAAGGCGACGUCAAAACAGCAUAACAUCUUCGUCAUCAUCACUUUCAUCAAUAUCAUUAACAACUACAAUAUACCAUCAUCACCAUCAUAAUUGUUUAAAACAACAUAGAAGGCGACGUCAAAACAACAUAACAUCUUCGUAAUAAUUAUCAUCAUUACGAACAUCAUAAUUAAUUCAUCAACAUGAUUAACAACGACUAUAUACCAUCAUCAUCAACAUCAUCAUCAUCAUAAUCGUUUAGUAAAACAAUAUAUAAAGCGAGGUCAAAAAACCUAAAAUCUUUCUAAUAAUCAUCAUCAUUACGAUAAUGAUUAUCAUUAUUACCAUUAUUUUAGACCCUGACAGCAUUGGCCAGACCAACAUUCAGACCUUAAAAUAUCUGAGUAGAAGGUGCUGCCUUUGCUCUGGAAAAUGGUUAGACCUUUACUGUGACCGUAUGAUUACGCAAAAUUGCGGUCCCGUCUUAUUUAGAGAAAUUAAACGUAGAUGGUCACAAGUUAAUCAGUGCUAAGUUGGCAACUGUCUCGUGCCACCCUCUCUAAAUCAGAUAAAAAAUCGAGGUCGAUUAUCAUUUUCAUCGACAUCGUUAACAGCAACAUCAAUAAAAAAAUCAACAAACGAAUACUAAUAUAUUGAUAGUAACAAAU